AUGAGAAGUACUGAAGCUGAGGGAGAGAGAAAGGAAAAGAAAAAAAAAAAGGAAAGUUGCAGCAGGGAGAGAGAAGAAGAUGUCGAGUUUCCAUUGAUCUCAAAAGAUGGGAAAGAAAAGCAGAAGAAAUGGGAAGAGACGAAGGCGGAAGCGAAGAAGCUGAUGGGGCUCUCAGUUCCAUUAAUGUCUGUUAACCUUUUGUUGAAUUGCUUCAAUGUCAUCUCCAUCAUGUUUGUUGGUCACCUGGGAGAGCUCUCCCUUUCUGGUGCCUCCAUAGCCACUUCUUUCGCCACUGUCACUGGUUACACCUUGCUGAAUGGAAUGUCCUGUGCAUUGGAGACAUUCUGUGGCCAGGCAUAUGGCGCUAAACACUACCGAUUGCUAGGAGUUCAUACGCAGAGGGCAAUGCUAAUUCUGCUGCUAAUCAGUGUUCCCCUGGCUUGUAUUUGGGCCAACACAGGGCCUAUUCUCGUGUUUAUGGGACAGGAUCCUGAGAUAUCAGCUGAAGCAGGAAACUACGCCUCGUUUCUGAUCCCAGGCCUGUUUGCCUAUGCUCUUCUUCAGUGUUACAUUCGGUUCCUGCAAGCCCAAAACAAUGUCUUCCCUUUGGUGGUCACCGCGGGAAUUAGUACUUUGGUGCAUGUACUCAGUUGCUGGAUUCUUGUCUUCAAAACCGGGCUUGGCAACAAAGGUGCUGCCCUGGCUACUGCUGUGUCAUACUGGGUUAAUGUGAUGCUACUUGCUUUGUAUAUCAGAAAGUCGCCUAUGUGCAAAGAUACUUGGCCUGCAUUUUCAAAGGAAGUGUUCUCCGAGAUAAUGAAGUUUCUGAAACUGGCAAUCCCUUCAGCCGCUAUGCUUUGCUUGGAGUAUUGGUCAUUCGAGGUGAUGGUUUUGUUAGCCGGCAUUCUUCCAAAUCCACAACUUGAAGCGUCUGCUGUUUCUAUCACCCUUAAUACAUGUGCCAUAGUCUAUAUGCUACCUUUCGGCAUUAGUGGCGCCCUAAGCAUUAGAGUUUCAAACGAACUGGGAGCUGGAGAGCCAGUGGCAGCCCGAAGAGCAGUAUCAACCGGGAUACUUCUGGUUAUUGCAGAAGGGAUUCUGGCAGCAACCGUAAUGGUUUCAGUGCAUAAAGUUUGGGGCUAUUGUUACAGCACCGAGGAAGAAGUAGUGGCAUAUGUUGGGCAGAUGCUACUGUUGUUAGCAGGGUCGCAUUUCUUGGAUGGCAUUCAAUGUGUGCUCUCAGGUGCUGCAAGAGGGUGUGGAUGGCAACACAUUGGGGCAAUCAUCAAUCUUGGAGCAUAUUAUCUGGUUGGAUUGCCUGCUGCUAUAUUCUUAGCUUUUGUUCUCCAUGUUGGAGGGAAGGGACUUUGGUUGGGAACCAUGGUGGCUCUUUUUGUACAAGCAAUACUUCUUGCUAUAGUAACCUGGAGAACAAAUUGGGAGAAAGAGGCAAUGAAGGCAGCUAACAGAGUGGAGGACAGCAUGAUCCCACAUUAGUGUUCACAAGUUAAAAUGGAAAACAAAAAAUCUUCGGAUCCAUCCUAAGUUUAUUCCAAUGUAAGGUUGUUGGCAAUUUUGAACAGUUUGUGUGUGUUGCAAGUAACGUACUUGCACGUACUGAAUCUAAAGAGGAUGCAUGCAUUCUUGGAGAUAUGUAUAGUAAUAAUAUUUGUUUGGUUUCCUUUCAUA